CCUACUCCUAAUAUUUAAAAACUCAACUCCACACUUCCCGCUCAUUGUGCAUUAAACCUUCAAAAACAUGAACCGUUUUUUCUCCUUUCUCCUCCUCACACUACUCAUCACAACCACCACCACCACCGCGAACACCGCCAACGACACCACCGCUCUCCUCCGUUUUCAAUCCCAAACCGACAUCCACGGCACUCUCCUCCACAAUUGGACACUUCCCUCUCCCUCUACCACCCCAUGCUCAGCUCAUUGGCUCGGCGUAAAAUGCAUAAACAACCGUGUAUCAGCCUUGAUCCUCCCUUUCUUGAAUCUCCGGGGACCGAUCACAGCCCUUGCAUCUCUCCCUCUUCUUAGACUUCUAGACCUUCGUAAUAAUCGCCUUAAUGGAACUCUCAUAUCCAUCACUCAAUGCACUAAUCUUAAACUCAUUUACCUCUCCGGUAACGACUUUUCGGGUAAAAUUCCACCUGAAAUUUCAUCUCUUCGAAGACUUCUCCGUCUUGACAUUUCAAAUAACAAUCUUGAAGGAUCAAUUCCUAUCCAAAUUGGAAAUUUAACCAGAUUACUCACACUUCGUUUACAAAAUAACCAACUUUCUGGCACAAUUCCAAAAUCUUUGAAUGUUCUUGAAAAUCUUAAAGAACUGAACUUAUCGAAUAAUGAGCUAUAUGGGUUGGUUCCAAAUGGUUUAUACAACAAAUUUGGUGAAAAUAGUUUUGAUGGAAAUGAAGGGUUGUGUGGAAUUGGUAGUUUACCUCAAUGUUCAUAUACACAAACAGUUCCUUCAAAUCCUAGUUCUUUACCUUCAUCAUCAUCAACGGAUACUAUUGAAGAACCCCGCGAAAAAAAACCGCGAAAAGGGUUAAGUAAAGGAUGGGUAGUAGCAAUAGUGAUGGUUAAUGUGGUGGCAUUGUUAGUUGUAGUUUCAUUUAUGGUAGCAUAUUACUGUGGUAAGUAUUCAAGAGAGAGUUAUUCAAUGUCAGGCAGUGAGUAUGGGAAGAGAAGGAGUAGUUAUUCGAGUGAAAAACGCGUUUACGCGAAUAAUGGUGGUGGUGAUAGUGAUGGUACAUCAGGUACUGAUAGGAGUAAACUCGUGUUUUUCGAUAGGAGGAAGAAAUUUGAGCUUGAAGAUUUGUUAAGAGCAUCAGCUGAGAUGCUUGGGAAAGGGUGUUUAGGUACUGUUUAUAAGGCAGUUCUUGAUGAUGGGAUUGUAGUUGCUGUGAAGAGAUUGAAAGAUGCAAAUCCAUGUCCAAGAAAGGAGUUUGAGCAGUAUAUGGAUGUUAUUGGGAAGCUUAAGCAUCCUAAUAUGGUGAAGCUUAGAGCUUAUUAUUAUGCCAAGGAGGAAAAAUUGCUUGUUUAUGACUAUUUGCCUAAUGGGAGUUUGCAUUCACUUCUUCAUGGAAACAGAGGACCAGGGAGAAUUCCUUUGGAUUGGACAACAAGAAUUAGCUUGGUACUAGGGGCAGCUAGAGGUCUAGCUCACAUUCAUGAAGAGUAUGCAGAUUCAAGAAUCCCACAUGGGAAUGUGAAAUCAUCCAAUGUGUUGCUUGACAAAAAUGGGGUGGCCUGUAUAUCCGAUUUUGGGUUGUCGUUGCUUUUGAAUCCUGUCCAUGCCAUAGCCAGAUUGGGAGGAUAUAAAGCGCCUGAACAAUCCGAAAUCAAGAGGCUAUCACAAAAAUCUGAUGUUUAUAGCUUUGGAGUAUUGUUAUUAGAAGUGCUUACUGGUAGAGCUCCCUCGGAGUACCCUUCACCGAGUAGGCCUCGAGUCGAGGAAGAAGAAUUGGCUGUCGAUUUGCCUAAAUGGGUUCGAUCAGUAGUCCGGGAUGAGUGGACUGCUGAAGUGUUUGAUCAAGAAUUGUUGAGGUACAAGAACAUUGAGGAGGAAUUGGUGUCAAUGUUACAUGUAGCUAUGGCUUGUGUAGUGCCACAACCUGAAAAAAGGCCAACUAUGAUUGAAGUUGUUAAAUUGAUUGAGGAGAUUAGAGUUGAACAAUCUCCAUUAGGUGAAGAUUAUGACGAAUCGCGUAAUUCUCUUUCCCCCUCCCUUGCCACCACCGAAGAUGGACUUCCCGGUUACUAAUUUUUUGAUCUAAUCUUGGUUGGCACGGGUGUUUCAUAGUCCUAGUAUAUGUUCAAUUUGCAGUAUCUUACUGCAAAUGACAAGUUCAAAAGUCAUGGACUUAUGUUUCAUCUAGUAUGUUACUAGUAGUUAUUUGGUUGCUUUUGUGUUAUUAUUCCAGUUGCUGCACUAUUGGAAAAUGAGAUGAUCCAACAAGCCCUAAGGAGUGCAGCAAUCAGUCCACUGUGUAGUUUUUCCUGAUGUAAUGUAAUGUUAAUUCUUUGUAUUUAAUUUAUUUUCAAGAUUGUGUUGAAGGCAAAGCUUCA